AUGACUACUGUACGACCCUUGAACGAAGAUGAGGUCUUUAAUGAGAUGAAGAAAAUGGUGGCCUUCAUCAAGCAAGAGGCCCUUGAAAAGGCUAGAGAAAUCAAGGUCAAGGCCGAUGAAGAAUUCAACAUUGAAAAGGCCAAGAUCGUGCGUCAAGAAUCUCUCAACAUUGAAGCUGUGUUUGAGCGUAAGAUGAAGCAAGCCGAAGUGCAAAAGAAAAUUGCUCAAUCCAACCAUAUCAACAAGGCUCGUUUGCGAGUGCUUCAAGAACGUCAACAAUCUUUGGAUACCCUUUUCGAAGCAACCAGAGAAAAGAUCUUUGAGGUGUCCAGCGAUGAAGAGAAAUACGCAACCUUGUUGGAAGGUCUCAUCUUGCAGGGCGCAUACUCCCUUAUGGAACGAGAGGUGUCUUUGCGUUGCCGAGAGGCCGAUGUCGAAGCUGUCCAAUUUGCUGCUGAACGUGCUUCUCAAAAGUAUCAAGAAGUGAUGAAGGCUGAGACUAGCUUCACCAUCAGCGAAGAUUAUUUGCCUGCAUCCAGUGCUGGUGGUAUCGUUCUUACUGCAUUGCAAGGCAGAAUCGUUGUAGACAACACUCUUGAGGCUCGUUUAAACAUUGUCAAGGAAGAGAUGUUGCCUCAAAUCCGUGUUACCCUCUUUGGCCAUUCCCCCAACAGAAAGUUCUUCAACUAG